AUGGCGGCCAGAACUAGCAUUAUUGACGAAUCGGCGGACGACGGAGUCCCGGCUGAUUUUUGGAAUGAGGUCCUGGACAGUUUCGACGUUAUGGACGAUGACGAGGCGGAAAAGGCCCAGGAGGAGCGGGCGAGGAAGAAAAAGGAGGAGGAAGAGGAAAAGGUGAAACGGUUCAACGAGGCCUGGAACAUUGCCCCGGCGGCGGAGGAGCAACGUAUUGUUGUAACGAAGGCUGCGGAGCCGGAACCUGCGCCGGAGAAACCGGCGGACCCGGACCCGGAGCCUGUGGCGAGGGCAGCUUCGCCCGAGGAUUGUACGAUUAUUCAGGAGGAACCGGUGGUCAUUGAAAUUGAAGAGGAGGCGGUCAAGGUGUCGGAGAAUUCCGUGGUGGUUAUCCCGGCGGAAGGCCAACCGAAGGAUCCUCGAUUGAAACGACUGGAAGAGACGACCCGUAACCAGAGUCCUUCGAGUCCGACGCAGGACAGCCGAUCGAGCUUUACUGAUGAUCCGCCGCAGCGGUACUUCCAGGUAGAUCGGAACCGCGAAAGGGAGCGCGAAGAUCAGCUGCGCAAGGAACGCGAACGGGAGGAGUUUGAGCGGGCGCGGAACCUGCUUCGGUCGCGCAGUCCGGGGACUUACCUGCGCCGGUCUUUGUCCGACGAGGAGGACGACAUUGGUCGAAGAGCUCCUCGCCGGGACGAUCGUAGCCGGUCGCGUCGUCGUUCCAGAAGUCGCGACAGGGCUUCCAGAAGCCCACGACGGAAUCGUCGGUCCAGAUCGAGAAGCCGACGCAGUCGCAGCCGGUCACGAUCUCGCUCCAGAUCGCGCCGAGCGGAAGCUUCUACUUCGAAGAACGGUGGUACCGUUUCGCCGACGGCCAUGAUGGCCCAAAUGCAGGCGAUGAUGACGAUGAUGUCGGACCCGACCAAGAAUCCGAUGCUGCAGAUGAACCCGAUGAUGGCGAACCCCAUGAUGGCGAUGAUGAUGAACCCGAUGAUGGCGUCGAUGAUGGCGACCCAAAGAACCCAGGUGUUGUCGGAGGAGGCGGCCGAGAAGUUGGACAAGAAAGACGAGCUGACGGCGCAGCUCUUCUUGGAGAAUAAAAUCAACUUAUCGGAUUACUUGUCCUCAAGCAACUCGAAGAAGAAGGCAGUUCGCAGCAAUGAUAAAGUUUCACAGCGCAUUCGCGAAGCGAUUUCCAUUCUGGACAAGCAAGAGACCAAAAUUCAGUCCUCGCGCUUUCUGUACGUCGCUCCCACGUACCAUAAGGACCUGAAGAAGCUGGACAACCGUUCGCCGCUGAUUUGGAACGAAGAGAACGUGCUGUACGCCUCGACGAGCAAGUCCAAGGACGUGUCCCUGUGCGAACCGUUCCGCAAUGUGAACCACAAGAUGAAGCAGAUGAUUGAGCGACUCGGCCUGGACGAGGGCAACAUUUCGCAGCGAAUUGCCCAAAAGAAGAGGGAAGAGGCGAGCAACCGGGCGGGAGCCGACGUGGGAACCAUUCAGGCCAUCACGAUCGUUCCGGUGCGCGGAGGUGCGGCGUCAAAGCGCAUCAUCGAUCGGUCGAUCCAAACUGACGAGCUGACCUGUCUGGAGUGUGUCCAACGGCGCAACAAGACGUUCAUUUCGGUCAACACUCAAACGGCCAGCCGCUCGCGCAUGGUUGAGAUAAGCGUCCAAACGGACCGUGACCGGGACAUCGAGCUGAACUCGAUGAACGAGCUCAACGCCAACCAGGUGAAAAUCCUGAACGAGAUCAUGAAGUACAUGAAGAAACGCCAGGUUUCUGGAAACAUUACCAACUUGCUGCACAGCCUCGAGCGCGAUGCGCCCGAACUCCGCAACCAGCACCUGAGCGCUGGUCUGCAUUACGUGACGGAAAUCAACGAGCGCAACGAACGGAACGCCAACCGCUACGCGAACCCGAAUCCACUGAAUCCAGCAGCGCGGGAAAUUGCGGCCUCUAGAAUGAGCCGAGAUCAGCGGGGCCGUGGCAUGGACGACAGCAGCUCCUCCAUUUCGAUGGUUCCGGCCGGAUUCCGAUCAUCGCCACCGCGCCGUACCAGCCACAACACCAACAGCUACAACCGCAACCGCCCCUGGUAAUUCCAGAAAUUUCGAGCGCAUAACGAGAGCGAUUAGUUUCUCCAACUUGAUUUAGACUACCAUAAAAUAUUGUAUGAAAUAA